AUGUUUUGCAGUCAACUAGUUCUGCUGUUUCCUCUAGCAUUUGUGAUCCAUUUGGCGAGCUCUUGUCAGAUAGACGGUUCUCUGCACCAAUGUUCUCCAAAAAAUCUGACUCGUGAACCAGGAAAACUGUACGAAUGGCCGGAAUGGUGUGAAGAAUUUAAUGGAGAUUUGAAUUUGGGAUUUAUCGAUUUGAAAAAUGCAAACUUCCAGAAUCUGCAAAAAAUCUCUGGUCGCUUGUCUCUAAUCUCGACUCCCUACCAUCGAAUGCCCCAAAUGCCAAAUCUAAAAAUCAUUGAAAUUUCAAAUGGUCCAGGAGUCGUUAUUCUGAAUAACAGAAAUCUUCGUGAUAUGCGUGGAUUUGUCAAUUGGGAUCAGGAAAUCAAAAUUCAAGGCUCCGAAAGUGAUGAAUUUCCAGUUUUUAUAUCUGGAAAUCGGGAAUUGGAUACUGUGAAUUUGCCAAAAUUAUUCCAUAAACCAUCGUCUCCAAUUGCUUGUGAAAAACGAUUGAAACCGAAUUAUGAUAGUCAUUUUGCAGAGGGACUCUCGCUCUCAUUGGUCCUUAUCAUUAUCAUUCUCCAAUCAACGAUUAUUUUGUAUCCACUGAGUAUGGGUGAUUCGAAUGUCUAUUUCGUUCCUGGAUAUCACAAAUCAAUUUGA